GAAGACGUGAAGAUUGAAGAAACAUUCAGAGUCAAACAUGAAGAACAAACAGACCUGAUGGCACUGAAAGAGAAGAGUGAAGUACUGAAUGAAUUGGAAGAGAAAGAUCAUGAUUUCACAAAUGGAGAAAAAUCUUUUACUUGUUUACAAACUGAAAAGACUUCCUCAAGAAAAAGUGCUCAAAAGACAGAAAGAAAACGUUAUUUCACCUGCGAACAGUGUGGAAGAAGUUUCAUUAGAAAAGAAAGCCUUAACAGACACAUGAGAGUUCAUACUGGAGAGAAGCCUCACACUUGCUCUCGGUGUAAAAAGAGUUUUGAUCAACAUGAAAACCUUGAAAUCCAUAUGAGAACUCAUAGAAAGAAACUGUACAUAUGCUCCGAGUGUGGAAAGAGUUUCGGUCAAAAACGUCACUUUAAAGGCCAUAUGAGAAUUCACUCUGAAAAGCAACCCUACACAUGCCCUCAGUGCGGAAAGAGAUUUGAACAUAAAGGACGCUUUGAAGACCACAUAAGAAUUCACACUGGAGAAAAGCCUUUCACCUGCCAACAAUGUGAAAGAAGUUUCAGCCAAAAAGGAAACCUUGACAGGCACAUGAGUGUUCACACUGGAGAAAAACCAUACAACUGCCAACAGUGUGGAAGAAAUUUCAACCGGAAAGAAAACCUUAACUCCCACCUGACCAUUCACACUGGAGAGAGCCUUUUCACCUGCCAACAGUGUGGAAUAAGUUUCACUCAAAAAGAAAGCAUUAACAGACACAUGAGAAUUCACAAUGUAGAACAGCUUUACUCAUGUGAUCAGUGUGGAGAUAGUUUUGAUCAACAUGGAAGCCUUGAAGUCCACAUGAGAACUCAUAGAGAGAAACCCUACACAUGCUCCGAGUGUGGAAAGAGUUUCGGUCAAAAACAACAAUUUGAACACCACAUGAGAAUUCACACUGGAAAACAACCUUACACAUGCCCUCAGUGCGGAAAGAGGUUUAAUCAUAAACAACACUUGGAGGACCACAAAAGGAUUCACACUGGAGAGAAGCCUUUCACCUGCCAACAAUGUGGAAGAAGUUUCAGCCAAAAAGGAAGCCUUAACAGGCACAUAAACCGUCACACUGGAGAGAAGCCGUUUAUAUGUGGUCACUGUGGAAAGAGUUUCAAAAAUAAAACAGCAUUUAAAUACCACAUGAUUUUGCACAUAUGAGAGAACUGUAUUUUUACAUUAUCAGUGUGAGUCAUGUAAAAAUAUCAGAGAGAAGCCUUUGCUGUGCCAUCACUGUGGGUUGAGGUUCACAGAGGCACCCCAAUAUAAUUCAAAAUAGCUAAACAGCAGAUUUGGGUUUGUUUACACCUGGGUUUAAAAUGCGUUUUGGUUGAUAGUGACACAGAGACAGUCUAUUUGUGCUCCUGUCUCUUUUGUCCACUUCUGUCCCCAUUUUGUCAAGGGGAGGGUAAAUGCUUGGGAUCUUUCCCAUCUUGUGAUCAAAUAAAAUGAAUAAAAUAUGUUUGCUCAAUUUGCAUAUAAAUGUAAGUCUUGGGAAAACUACCAAAGAGGGAAAAUAAAAUAAAGAAGAAAAUUUAGUAAGCAGUGCUGGUGAUAGUGAUAGUAAAUCAAUAAAUUGAAAGGGGGAGAAAUUAAAAAUUAUAGUGUGAUUUAAAGAGUGGUAUGGUGUAAAGAGUGUAAUUGCAUUAACAAAUUAGUUUAAACAAUCAAAAUCACGUUUAUUACCAAGUACUGUAAGUAUACCAGAGGUGUAAAAAGUACUCAAAAAUUUUACUCAAGUGAAAGUACAAGUACUCAGUAGUUAUCCUUUUUUAAUUCUUGAGUCCUUUUUUUCUGACAGACAUAGAGAAGAAUGGUUAAAGGGAGAGAACGAAAAAAAUGCAAUGGCACAGGCCAAACAUGUAUAUUUAGUUCAACAACAACAAUUAAAAUGAAACACAGCGGAACACCAAAAAAGAAAGAAAAAAACAGGGAAAGGGAUUAAAAGAAAACUACAUCCUUUCCACCCUCAUGCCAUCCUAUAUGACUUUCAUUUAUCAGAUGAACACAAACUAAGAGUUUUAGAAAAAAUUAUUUGGGGCAUUUAGAGCUUUUCUCUUAACAAAUAUUGAUAAUUAUUAGUGACUAAUUAGAUUAAUUAAUAAGAAAAGCAUGUAAUUAUUAAGAUUAAAAAAAUAUUCACUGACAGUCCAAAUUUCUACUUAAUGUUUCAUAUAAUGACAUAUUAAGUAGAGUAAGAACAUCUAAUUUAGCAUACAAUGUUUAUUUAAACACUUUUUUUGGAGAUUUGUAACAUUUAACCAAAAAAAAAAAAAAUCCCACAAAAAUAUUAAUUGUAUUUAAAUUCUCAUCACUGAUUUUAUUUGCACUCAAUUUUGUGCAUUCAGCUAAUAUAUUACAUAGCUAAUGGCUCUAUCAGAACAGAACAAAUAAUUGGGGGGCGCAUCUUUGCUACCUCAAUAUGCUUCCUCAGAUUUGAUGGUGAACUUUUGAAGCCAGACAUUUACCUAGAGAAAAAUCAUAAUUGAAGUGUGUGUGUUUGAUGCAUGAAAACAAUGAUCAUUAGUUCUCACGUCAGGCUCACACGUUUGAGCUUCUGUUUACCAUAUUUAAUGUGCAUAAGAUAAAAUUAAAAUAUAAUGUACUUUUCAAGAUGAAAUAAAAUUGUAAGGAGUAAAAAGUACU